GUAGAUUAUAUGCAGAUAAGAGAUAGACCGACCACACCCAAGCGUAUGUCUUUGCGGCGGACUGGCCACUAUCCAGAGUCAGCAGAUGUCUUGUCGUCGGCCGGUCUCCAUUACCCAUAAGAGAUAUAUAAGACAUGGGGUGUGGUCUGUGCACUUUGGCCCUAGCGGCGGUCUUGAAGCUCGAAAAUAUUCGCGAACGCGUACAAGAUACUACGACUAGGCCGUCUUAUUUCGAUUCGUACUACUUGUUGGACGCUGGUCUGUAAUCACCCCAGACGCACAUCAUGUCUUUCGGCGGACAGACGCCGACAAUCAUUGUCCUGAAAGAGGGGACCGAUCAGUCGCAAGGAAAGGGUCAGGUAAUUACAAACAUCAAUGCUUGUCUUGCGGUGCAGCAGACGAUCAAGUCAACGCUGGGGCCCUAUGGCGGAGAUCUGCUAUUAGUCGACGAGAAUGGAAGGCAAACUAUAACGAAUGAUGGCGCAACUGUGAUGAGGCUCCUCGACAUCGUCCACCCCGCUGCCCGUAUCCUCACAGACAUCGCUCGAUCACAAGACGCAGAGGUUGGGGACGGCACGACUUCUGUAGUAGUACUUGCUGGUGAGGUGCUGAAGGAGAUCAAAGAAUUGGUAGAAGCCGGUGUCAGCAGUCAGACAAUCAUCAAGGGUUUGAAGAGAGCGUCUUCGCUAGCCGUCAACAAGAUCAUGGAGAUAGCCGUCAACACAUCUGAGGGAAAUCAGAGAGAGACAUUAAGAAAGCUUGCCGCCACGGCGAUGAGCAGCAAGUUGAUCCACCGCAAUUCUGACUUCUUUACCACAAUGGUUGUCGAUGCCGUGCUUUCUCUGGACCAGGAUGACCUGAACGAGAAGCUCAUUGGUAUCAAGAAGAUUACCGGAGGUGCUUUGCAAGACUCUCUGUUCGUCAACGGUGUCGCAUUCAAGAAGACUUUCUCAUACGCCGGUUUCGAGCAACAGCCCAAGUCUUUUAAGAAUCCAAAGAUUGUUUGCUUAAAUGUGGAAUUGGAGCUGAAGAGUGAGAAAGACAAUGCAGAGGUUAGGGUGGAGCAGGUUUCAGAAUACCAGGCCAUUGUCGAUGCUGAGUGGCAGAUCAUAUUCAACAAGAUGGAGGCUUUGUUCAAGACUGGUGCAAAGGUAGUACUCAGCAAGCUUCCGAUUGGUGAUUUGGCGACACAAUAUUUCGCCGACAGAGACAUAUUCUGCGCUGGUCGGGUCGCCUCUGACGAUCUUGAGCGCGUAUGCCAGGCUACUGGGGCAAAGGUUCAGUCAACGUGCACAGACAUUCAGGCCGAGCAUCUCGGUACAUGUGAACGGUUUGACGAGCGCCAGAUUGGUGGUGAGCGUUUCAACUUCUUUGAGGGCUGCCCGCAAUCAAAGACUUGUACCCUUGUCCUCCGUGGAGGUGCCGAGCAGUUCAUUGCAGAAGUGGAGCGCAGUCUUCAUGAUGCUAUCAUGAUAGUUAAGCGGGCAAUCAAGAACCAGACCAUCGUUGCAGGUGGAGGUGCUUGUGAGAUGGAAGUCUCUGCCUACCUCCACUCAUACGCCGACAAAAACAUCGCGCACAAGCAACAAACAAUCAUCAAAGCAUUCGCAAAGGCUCUCGAAGUCAUCCCCCGUCAGCUUUGCGACAACGCCGGUUUUGAUGCCACGGACAUCCUCAACCGACUACGUGUAGACCACCGCAACGGCAACAUAUGGGCCGGUGUAGAUUUUGUGAACGAAGGCAUCGCUAACAAUCUGGAGAAGUUCGUUUGGGAGCCCGCCCUUGUCAAGAUCAAUGCGAUCCAAGCGGCUAUCGAAGCUGCGUGCUUGAUUUUGAGCGUGGACGAGACGAUUAGGAAUCAAGAGUCGGCGCAGCCGCAGGCUCCACAGCAACAGCUUCCUCCUGGCGCGGCGCAGAGAGCACUCGGUAUGGGUGGACGGGGCCGUGGGCGUGGAAGGGGCAUGCCGAGGAGGUAAGAGAAAAGGUAUGAGAGAAGAGGUAUGUAGUGUUGGUGGCUUAGAUUGACAUCCGCUGUAUAUCAAAAAGAUAGACACAGACAGAUGGCUAAUUAGCGCCCGUCUUAAAAAACCUCACUUACCUACCACAAUAUCCACCAUUGUAUUUGCCUGUCUAAACUCCCCCGCGUACGCCAUGCACAAAUGCCCUCAUCAUGUCCCAUUUCGACAUAUCUCCACAAUUGUACACGUGUCCGCUAACCAUCGAGUUUCGCCCUGAUCGCUUCAUCGUCCCUUGAAUGAAGGCUUUCUCUUCUCCCCGAACGCCCGUAAUGCUUCAUUCCGAUCUU